CGCAGAAAGCAGCUACGCAGGAGCGGGGCAGAAGCCGAUGGUGGAGUCGAAGAUGGCGGAUGGAGACAGCGGGAGUGAGCGCGGUGGGAGUAGUGGCGGAGGUGGAGGCUUCCAACACUUUCAGAGGGACCAGGAAACCCAGGAGCUGGCGUCCAAGCGACUUGACAUCCAAAACAAACGCUUUUACCUGGAUGUUAAGCAAAACAGCAAAGGCAGGUUUAUAAAAAUCGCCGAGGUUGGGGCCGGGGGCUCCAAAAGUCGCCUGACUCUGUCGCUGUCAGUUGCAGCCGAGUUUCGGGACUAUCUCGGGGAUUUCAUCGAGCAUUACGCACAGCUUGGACCUAGCAGUCCGGAGCAGAUAGCUCAAGCCAGUGUGGGUGAAGACGGCGGACCGAGGCGAGCGCUUAAGAGUGAGUUUCUCGUACGUGAAAAUCGCAAGUACUACCUGGACCUGAAGGAGAACCAGCGAGGGAGGUUCCUGCGCAUCCGGCAGACCGUGAAUCGUGGGCCAGGCUUUGGAGUUGGGGGCCCUGUGGGCGGUAUGCUUUCCGGACAGACCAUCGCGCUUCCGGCCCAGGGGCUCAUAGAGUUUAGGGACGCCCUAGCUAAACUCAUAGAUGAUUAUGGCGGGGACGACGAAGAGCUGACCUCUGGCACUGCUGCAGGAGCAUACGGGGAGCUACCCGAGGGCACAUCCAUCAUGGUUGACUCUAAGCGCUUCUUUUUCGACGUCGGCGCCAACAAAUAUGGGGUGUUCCUGCGAGUGAGUGAGGUGAAGCCGAGCUACAGGAACUCUAUCACCAUCCCGUUUAAGGCAUGGAGCAAAUUUGGGGGCGCGUUCAGCCGGUACGCCGAGGAGAUGAAGGAGAUCCAGGAGAGGCAAAGGGAUAAAAUGUACGAGAGAAGAGACGAGUCUGAGGCGGACGAUGUGGACGACGACUGACCAGUGAAAGUUGACAGAUGUGGUAAAGAAGAUACAGAUAAUGUGCAUGACGAUCGUGCUGUAUUAGCCUACUAAAGUAUCUUGACAGAAAAAAAAUAUGUUGUACAUGGAUUUUGAUGUAUAUCCUGACGUGUGUAGGUUCAGGUUGGGUUGGUUGUGUGAAUUUGGAAGUGAAAACGUGGAUUUAAUUUUUAAUUUUUGGCUGAAAACAGAGUGACUUAUACUUUAUAUUAUUAAGAGGAGAGAGAACCCACUAAAACCAGCAAGUUUAUAAGAAAAAAGUAUACUUUCCUAUUUACAACCUAGUUUUACACAUUAAAGAGGCUGUCUUUAUGUUAUGUUUUCUAAUAGAGAAUUGGCAUAAAUUGUAUUUCUGUUUGGUUCAUCUCUCUUCAGAGGAUAAUAAUAUGUGGGGACUUGCAAGUCAGUUAAUUGUACCUAUAAGAGGAAUGUAAGGAAAGCCUUUGUUUUUGGCUGGGCGUUUGCAUUGGCAUGUCAGCAGAUGGGCAGCUGUCAGGACAUUGGUUUUUGCAGCAGAUUACCCAAAAUUUUGGGUGAAGUUGUAGAGGAGAUUAUCUGUAAGCCCAAAUAAAGGGGCUUGGGGACAAAAUUUAAGAUUUGACUUAAGCAGUCAAAGCUGUUAUAGGAAUCAGCAGGGUUUAAUAUUAAAUAUAAAAAUCUGAGCAAUAUUUGGGAAAUCUUGAACAUGCUGCAUAAUCUGUAGGAGCAGUGUGUUACCUGGUGUGUUUCACAGGUUCACAGUCCCAGAGCGAUGGGACUGUGUAUACGUUAGUGCUGUCCCACAUGACACUUAGGGGUCCAAUACUGAGUUCCAUUCCCAUUCAGCACCCUGUUGUGGUCAAUGCAGACGGCCACUCUUAUCUGCACAUUGUGCAGACCCCAGCAAGAAACAAAGAAACUCAUGUUUUGUUUUGUUUUUUGUUUGUUUUUCCUUUUUUCAAAAGAGAACUCUAUAUUGAAAUGAAAAUCUACUUAUAUUAAAGAUAUUACCGAAAAGAUAUUUUGAAAUACUUAUAAGAAAAUGUAUUGUGUAAAAGAACUUCAAGAUGAAAAAAAAAUAAAUAAGAAUAAUUUCUUAAAACAUA